AUAAACCCUAAAAAGUAGUAGACCAAGAAGCAUGUAGAAGCAAAUGUCCUAUCAUUCCCGCUAAAACUCCCAACUCAUGUCUGCACCAGAGAACAUCGACUCUCUUCGCCUUCAACAAGCCCUAGCUUCAUGUUCUCAAUCGAUCGCGAAUGGGGACUUUAAGCAAUCACAAGAAUCCAUAUCGGAGCUUGUUCAUUUUCUCGAUUCAGUAUCGGAUUUUAUCUCAUCGGGGACGAACGAUGAAGAAGGAGCAGAGAACUCGGCGUUUGAGGUUCUUUCAGAAAUUUAUCACUACUUAAUUUCACCUUCACUUGACCAGGCCAUUACAGAUGCAUUAGCGUUUGAGCUUCCUAAGGCUGUAGCCAAGUUUGCUUGUGGGUCUACGAGGUGUUUUGAGAAUGCUGAAAGGAUCAUUAAUCAUUUCGUGGAGGUUUGUAGCCCACGAGAUAUGGUUUCUAUUCUUUGUGAGGCUAUGACUUCUCCAAGCGAUGGCUUUAACAAUUCCUUCUAUUUUACACCACUAUUAGGAGCUCUUGCAAAAGUUUUUGAGGUCCUCAAGAGAAGACCAUUUGAGCAAGUAAAAGCAGCCCUUCCCGUUGUCCUGAAGGUUCUAGAAGUCAUCUUAUCAGAUCCAGAAGAAGAUGAAGAUAUGGAUUUAAUCAAUAAAGCAAUAUUAAUCGCCAAUUCUCUUAACACAAUCUGCAUAAAACUAGAUCACAAAGAUGAGAAGCUUUUUGCUUUAUUUGGCUUGUAUGUCUUGCAAAUUACGGCUCUUAUUUCAAAUAGUGUGGGAUCAGAAACUUCUAGAUGGUCUCCCAUUAUGUUACAGUUAUCACACUUCCUUCACUACUGUGGUUUCACAUAUCUUGAUCUAAUAACUGGACAUGAAGUGGGAAUGGCUGUUGACCUUAUUUCUCAAGGUGAUGAAGAUGAUUAUAUGAGAUGCUUUUUCGUAUGUCAAUUGUGGAGCAGCUAUUACAGUACUUUGGAGAGACCUUUCUAA